UUUCUUUGAUCUUGAAUGGCAUGACUGAACAGCUCGUCUGUCGCAUUUUGCUCUCUUUUCAUCUGUUAGAGAUCGAUCACGGGGCAUGGACCGUGUCCCUCUGCUAAGCCUUCCAUCCCUUUCCAUCGCCCAAUUUGCCUGACUGAGGGACAAUGGCCUUUCCCCUCCCGCGGGGCAUCAUGCCCCCGGAGAUCUCCUUUCUGGCCGAGAUGGAGAUGGUCACUAUCCUGCCGCGUCAGCGUCUGGAAGGGCUGGAGUUGCUUGGUGGCCCCGUUGAACCUCUCAUCCCCCCCCGACGCGCCUCCCUCCCCCUCUGGCUCGCGCUUCUCCUCAAACGCCAACGACGCGCCAACAUCCUCCCGCCCUCGUGGCUCCAUCCGGAGUCCCUCUCCUUCAUCCUGGACAUCGAGACCCAAUACGAAGAGUACAAGGACACCUUCUCCCCGCCGCCGCCCCUACCGGGCCAACCCCUCCUCCACGACCGCGGCGAGCCCGCCGUCGCCACCCCGCGCUACACCCCGGACGGCGAGAGAUACUACCCGGCGCCGCCGUUCCUGCCGCAGAACGUCGCGCGCGACCAUGUCCCACCGCAGGAGCUGCAAACGCUGCCCUUCCACUGGCUCGAGGUCGGGAAUAUGCUUCUGGACGCGGCGAGCGACGACCUGGUGGACCCCGACCAGACCCGCCGGCUGCUGAAGGAGCUGCGCGAGGUGCGCAUGGCCAAGAUCCGGUCCGGGGUGGACGCGUUGGACGCCGCGGCGAUGGGCGGAGGCGGCGUGGCGCUGACGGGCGUCGGGGCGAUCGAGCUCGGCGAGGGUCGGAGGUUUAUCUCCGGGGUGGUCGAUGGGCUCCGACGGAUCGGCGCAUCCAGAGAACAGGCUCGGAGGGAGGAGCUGGCGGAAGAGAUGGCUAACGGUGGAUACGAUGCGACGCAGGACGAUGACGAUGAAAUGGAAUUCUAG